UUGUUUAGAAUGCAUUCUGGCUGAUUCAUUGUAGCCAGCAAGCUAUCAACUUGCCGGAGAACGUUUCUAUAUCGAAGCUAAAUUUGUUGCCAAAUUGACAACAGAGAUGGACCGGCUGUUAAGGCUCGGAGGUGGAAUGCCUGGACUCGGUCAGGGUCCACCAACAGACGCCCCUGCCGUGGACACCGCAGAGCAGGUGUACAUUUCCUCUUUGGCACUGCUAAAGAUGCUGAAGCAUGGCCGCGCUGGCGUCCCUAUGGAGGUGAUGGGGCUGAUGCUUGGGGAGUUUGUGGACGAUUACACCGUGCGAGUGAUUGACGUAUUUGCUAUGCCCCAGUCUGGAACUGGUGUCAGUGUCGAAGCUGUGGAUCCCGUAUUCCAGGCAAAAAUGUUGGAUAUGCUAAAACAAACUGGCAGGCCUGAGAUGGUGGUGGGCUGGUACCACAGUCACCCCGGCUUCGGGUGCUGGCUGUCGGGGGUGGAUAUCAACACCCAGCAGAGUUUCGAGGCUCUGUCGGAGCGGGCUGUGGCCGUGGUGGUGGACCCCAUCCAGAGUGUGAAGGGGAAGGUUGUAAUUGACGCCUUCAGACUGAUUAACGCCAACAUGAUGGUGCUGGGCCAUGAACCGCGACAAACCACCUCUAACCUGGGCCAUCUGAACAAGCCCUCCAUCCAGGCCCUCAUACAUGGACUGAACAGGCAUUACUACUCCAUCACCAUCAACUACAGGAAGAACGAACUCGAGCAAAAGAUGCUGUUGAACCUUCACAAGAAGAGCUGGAUGGAGGGCCUGACCCUGCAGGACUACAGCGAGCACUGCAAGCUCAACGAGACUGUCGUCAAGGAGAUGCUGGAGCUGGCCAAGAACUACAACAAGGCUGUGGAGGAGGAAGACAAAAUGACCCCAGAACAGCUCGCCAUCAAGAAUGUUGGAAAGCAGGAUCCCAAGAGGCACCUGGAGGAGCAUGUGGAUGUCCUGAUGACCUCCAACAUCGUCCAGUGCCUAGCCGCCAUGUUGGAUACAGUAGUCUUCCAGUGAAGAGCCUUUGUUCAGAACUGUUAAUAUCCCAAACCCUUGUUUUUCUUUUAUAUAAAAUAAAUGUGUAUGAAAGGUC